ACUUUUUAACAGUAACUUAUUGACACUCAGUUAUGAAACUGCAGCCUCUUGUAUCAUUUAUUCCGGUCAUGUAAAUGAAUAUAUGGUUGUAUAACUCCGAAUACUUCAAAAAUAUGGAUGGAUUAUUUUAAAUUGCUUUAUAACUACUCGAAACCUCAUGAUGAUUUUAACAUCAGUGAGACUACAAGAACAGAUUUAUUCUUGUGAUAAAAAGGGUUUUUUAAUUCCGUCAUAGAAAUUAUGCAGCAUGAAAGCAAUGCCAGUAAUGCGGAACAUAUAAAAACGUUUGAUGUGAGUUCUUCAGAAAUGAGAUCAGCUAGCAUGCAUGAAAUUGUAAACAGUUGUCCUUCUGUUCAGAGUGAUCGAAUUACAAGAUAUGCAAGCCCAAAUCGGUUUGAUAUUCGUGAUGCCCCAAGAAGUUUUUUAGAUUCUUAUAGGGCUUACAGGUAUUCACAAAACCAUGGAGUUAAUUUAAGUAGAUCGAAACUCCGUUCAACAAUGCCAACAAGUUUUUCUUCGUAUGCAGUCCCUUCACUGAAUGAAGUUACAUCUUCCAUGUCUACCUCAAAAUCCCUGGAUAUGAAUGUUGUCAAGAAUCAAGAAGAACUACCUCUUCAAGGUGGUGACGGAUGCUGUGAUAAAUAUAUAUCAUCCAUAUGUGCCAAGAAAGUAUCUCCUAGAAAUCAACCAGUGGGCUAUGUAAACAGUGAUCAGUUAAACAGUAUUGGAAGACAUUCAUCUGAUCAUAUAACUACAUACAGUAAUACUCUUAAUCAUAAUUCCAAUUCAUUUGUAAAAAUAUCUCAUCAUCAUACACCAAUUACUACAUCCCUAAUUUGUUCCUCUUCUCCUUCUUCUACCAUUUAUACAAAUGAACCAUUAAUACAUCGAAAUUCUCAUCCAGACCAACCUUAUUCAUCAUAUUGUCAAGCACCUUCAAACCAUACCAUGUCAACUUCUUUAUCGUAUUCAGAAAUUUCCAAAUUGAAUUUAUCAUCUCAACAACAUUCAAUUAUAUCUCAAUCUAUUAAUGAUAAUAAUAAUAAUACUGUAUCUAAUGACGCCAACAAUAGUAGUAAUGAUCGAUUAGAAUCUACAAUUAAUUAUUGUAUUGUUGCACAAAAAGAAGUUGAACAAACAUGGGACAAACAUAAUUCACAUGUGAAUUACGACUCAUCUAUCAAAACAUCAAUAACUGAUCCAAGAGAUUAUUUAUCAACUAAUAAACAAAUUGAAAUGAAUAAUAAUAAAACUAAUGAGAAAAUGAUCAGUUUUGUUAAUCAUCAAAAAAAUCCAUAUAUUAACUAUAAUAUUAAUUUAACUGAAGUUAAUGAUGAUAAUAUAUCAAUACGAAAACAACCUAUUUAUCCAUUUAAAACAAAUUCAUUUCGUUCAGUUAAAUAUAAACAUAAAAAUUUUAAUAAAAUUAUGAAUAGACAACAAUAUGAACAACAACAAAUGAAAUUAAAUUAUGAAAAUGAAAUGAAUUUAAAACCAGAAAUUAAAUUGAUUGAUUCAAGACCAAGAACAAGAUUAUGUAUUGAAUCAGGCAUAGAAACUCAUACAAAAACAAUGACACUUCAAAGAAAUUUAAUAACCGAUGAUAGUUUAAAUAAUAAUGAUUUAAAUAUGAUCGGUUUUAUUUCAUUACCUAAUCAAAAAAUAUCAACAAGAAAAAUAAUCAAUAAAUUAUCAACAUCACCAUCAAUGCCAUUACCAAAUGUAAUCUCUACUGAUCAUUGUAUAUAUAAUGUUAAUUUAUCUGAAAUAGAUCAUUAUAGUGAACCAUAUAAUAGUAGUAGUACAUGUGAAUCAUUAAUUGAAUAUAAACAAACAGAUAAAUUAAUCAUGGAUAAUCAAAAUGAUCCAGAAUUAGCAGUGAAGCUUGAUAGAAUUGCUUAUGAAAUUGGAUUAUUACAUCAUCAGAGAAAAAUGAAACGUAAAAGUUCACUAUCUUCACAAUGUAAUGUUGAUGGUUUAAUAUCAAUAAAUAGUCCAUGUUCAGAAUCAAAUUUACCUAAAGCUGAUUUGGAUCAAGUUUUAACAUUGGAAAUAUCAACUAUUGUUUCUAAUCCAGCUUAUGUUAGUUCAUCUAAAAAGGAUACAACAACAACAACUCUUCAAACAAAUUCAACAUCUUUAAAUCAUUCAAAAAUUACCGAUUCAAGACAUAGAACUCAUUUAUCUCGAGUUGAUUCAUCUUUAACUAAUAAUAAUCAAAUCAAAUCACAAAAUCGACCAAAUAGUACAGGUAGUCGAAUUAUUAAAGAAUUUCUACGUCAUAUAUCACCAAAAUUAAGACGUAGUUUAUCAAGAAUUUCUAGUAGAAAAAAAUGUGAAGAUCAAAAACUAAAUCAAGAUAAUCUUGAUAAUCUUCAACCUUCUUCUAAUUCAUUUGAACGUUGUAAAUCAGAACGUAUCCAUCCAAAAAAAUCACUUCUUCGAUUUAUUCCACGUUGUUCAAGUCGUUCAAAAGAACGUAAAAGGAAACAGAUCUCAACUACAGAAGAAAAUACUCAAAUCAUUCCAUCAUAUUCGUUGAAUACUAAUAUUAUGCGAAGUGAUACAAAUAAAACUACAACAGAUGAAGAUAAGAAAUCUAACAAUUCAUCAGAGAUCGAUCAACAAUCUUAUCCCUUGUCUCAUGAUCAUCACCGAGAUCAGUAUUAUUCACGUUAUUAUGAAAAUUAUUUUAACAAGCAACCACAGUCACGUCCUGUAAGUAUCGCUUUGCCAGUUGACAAGGAUAGAAAUGAUGAAAUUACAUCUCCACCGUAUAAUCAAUUACAAACUAAUUGUCAGCUUAAUCAGAAUAACACUUUGAAAACUAAAGAAUUUGAUCAUUUGACUUUUGGUGAUCGUCCAGAACCGACUUACCUUAAUGCUGCUUUAAAUGCAUUUGGUUAUGGUUGUAAACCAGAUUGGAAACAUUUUUGUGUUUCCCCAUCAGCUAGACGUUUGGCUCAUGCAAGGCAGUCAAUGAAAGUAAAACAAAUUGAAGGUAAUUCAUGUAAUACAACUUUAUCCAACAAUAAUACAGAACAUGAUAAAACUUCGAACAAUAAAGUAAAGGAUUAUGAUGAUAAUGAAAAUGCGAAUAAAAUAACAAAUGAGAAAUGUACUGAUAGUAAACUUAAACAAACUAUUGAAUAUUCAUGUGAUAAUGAAACAAUGAAACACGUAAAUGUACCAAUGAAAAAAAUACAAUCAAUUGAAAAAUGUACAAUAACUGAUAAUGAAACUAUAUUGGAUAGAGAUUACUAUAAAGUGUUUAUUGAACAACAAAAUAAUCAAUACAAUAUACAACAUAAAGAUGAUUCAAUAAUUUUAUUCGAUUAUGUACUUGAUAAAUCUAAAAUAGAUCAAAAUAGAAAUAACGAAUUAUCUACUAAAUUAAAAGAGAAUACUACUUAUAAAUCAUCAGAUCAAUUGUUAAUAAGUCUUACAACAGAUGAUAUGCAUGAACCGAAUGAUGAUGAUAAUAAUAAUAAAAUGAAUUCAAAUAAUAUUAUAUCAGCUAUCAAGUCUAAAACACCACCAAUAAAGCGUAGAAAUACUGCAUUUGCUAUUAAAGCUAAAUCUGCUAAAUUAAAACAACCUUUAAAUAUAUUUAUACCAGUAAACAUUCGAUCUCAUAAUAAAUUAUCAACAGCAAUAUCUAAAACCAAUGAAACUGAUUGUAUUCAAUUGAAAAAGAAAGUAGAACUUACAACUUUAUUUGAAGAUGAACAAUCAUUAAAGAAUCAAGACAUUACUGCUACUACUACUACUACUACUACUACUACUACUACUACUACUACUACUACUACUACUACUACUACUACUACUACUACUACUACUACUACUACUACUACUACUACUACUACUACUACUUCUAUUACUACUGCUACUACUACAAAUAAUAAUAAUACACCAUCAGAUAAUUUAUCAACAUUAUUCUAUUCAUCACUAUCUAGAUCAUCAAGUUUGAAUGGAAUUAAUGAAUUAAUGAAAAGGCUUUCAUCUUCUUCAAAUGAAUUAUACAAUUAUUCAGACAAUGUUUAUAAUAAUAAUAAUAAUAAUAAUAAUAAUAAUAAUAAUAAUAACAGUCCAUUUGAACAUCUUAAAAAUACUGAGAUUAAUAAUAAUUCUUAUUUAGAAUUAUCAACAAAUAAUGAUAUAGAUUAUGUAAUUCAUCUAUUGAAAUAUAUACAAACAUUUGAAUAUCAAUUAAUGAAUGUGAUUAAUUUAGCAAGAAAUACAAUUGAUCAGAAUAAUCAUUCUAUAAAUGAUGAUGAUGAUGAUGUAUUAAAAUUGACAAAUGAGAACUUAAAUAAUGAUGACUUAUUAACAGGUAUUGGUCAUAUACAAAUGUUAAUAAAUGGCAAUCUUACAAUGUUACGUAAAUUAUGUAAAGUUUACUUAGAAACUAAUUCAAAUAUAAAAAAACAACAAUCAAUCAAUUACAUUCCAUUAAAAAGUGAUUUAGAAGGUUAUUGGAAUUUAAUAUUAUUACAAUAUAGACGUUUUGAAUCACAAUUUCCAAUAUUAAUUAAUUGGAUUUCAAAUGAUUUUCGUAAUGAAUUACAAAUACUUAUUAAAGAAUCUCUUGGUGAUCUAUCUAGUUGUUCAUCUGAAUUCAUUAGUUCUUCAUAUAUGAAUAAAGAAUGUAAGAAAAACUCUACGAAAAAAACAAAUAAAGCUUCAUAUAAAAAGAAAUUCUCCAGAAUCAAUAAAAAUCCUGAUAAAUCUAUUGAAUUACAUAGAACAAUUCAACAACGUAUUUAUAAUGCACGUAAACAAUUAUUAGAAAAACAAAAAACUAUUCAUGAAAAACAUGAUCUGACUCUUAUUACAAAUGAAAAUGAUACUGGUGAUAAUUCUAAAUGUAAAAAUACAUAUUUUUAUACAAUUGAAUAUUAAUGAAAAAACAUGGUUUAGAUAUACAUUCUACCAUAUAUAUAUAUUCUCUGAAGAAGUGACUUACAAUAAGUCACGAAACGUCAGAAAAUUUAAUUUUCUACUCAUUGGGAUAUUAUAUAUAUAUAUAGUGUCUAUGUAUAUGGAUACAUCAAUAGGCUUCUAAAGUAUAAAUUCUUUAGUUGUCAACAUAAAUCAAGUAUAUAUUGUUCAUAAAUUUGUUUAUUUUUCACUUUAGAAAUUAUUACAUGUACAGUACAUAUCUGUGCAUAUAAUUUUUUGUAAAUAAGUUUGAUGAUAUAUAAUUCAUUUCUUCUAUUCAAAACUGUUCUAUAUUGAUGAUAAUGUAAUACAGAUGAGAAAUGGUUUUUUUUUCCUCUUCAUGUAUCAUUUGUCCGUUAUAUACAUAAACAAUAUUGUACACUAUUUCAUUUUAUCCCUAUUUCUUACUUGUCUAAUGUCUAUAGCAAUAGUAGUAGUAGUAGUAGUAGUAGUAGUAAUCGCAGUAGUAAUAGUAGUGGUGGUGAUGGUGGUAAUAGUAAUAAUACUAGUAGUACUGUUUUCAAUCUAUGUAUCCGUGGCAAUUAAUUUUCUCAUUGAUUUCAAUGUUUAUUUUUUUUUGUUUUUUUUUUCAAAAAAAUUGAAUGAAACUUUUAAAUUUAUCAUCAUUAUUUAGGAUAAAGUAAAAGAAUAUUCUACAAUAGAAAUGAAGAUUUAUCAUGUUUUUUUUUAAAUGAUUUUUUCUUUUUUCUUUUCUUUUCUUUUUUUUUUAAAACAAAAAUUAUUUUUAUCACAAUUCUUUUUUUCUUGUGUUGUUUAUUUUGAUUGGUUAAUACAUAAAUAUUUUUCUUUAUUUGUCUUUAUAAAUAAAUAGUAUUACUUCUAUUCAUGUGUCUAUGCAUUGAAUAGGUUUAUGUCAAUGAAUUGAUCUUAAAGUAAUGAACAAUGUGAUUUUUUGUUUAAUACGAAUUACAUUGUAUCUAUGAUGUUGUAGUAUGAUUAUUAAUUUGUGUAGAAAUCGCAUCCAUCAUGUUACAAUUUUAGAUGAUUGAAAGAAGGUCUACAGGAUGCUAUGAAUCUAGGUUUCAUGUUACUCAGGACUCGUCAGAAAGGGAUACUUCGCUGUAACGACUAGCAUAGUUCAUUGGUAACAUUUCAGGCUGUGAAGUUGAGUAGUAUGGGUUUGCAGUCCAUAAGGAGCAUCAUUUCCCUAAAAGUUAGAGAUAUUUCUUGCUAAAGUGUAGUAAAUAUCACAAAACGUAAGCCUAGAAUUAGAUGAAUAUAACACUGGUUACCAUUCAUUAGUUCAUCAGAAUAAAUAUAUAUUGUAGUGGCCUGCGGAUCUGACGCCCAGUUGGACGAACUAAUCGAUAUGACAUAAACAUUAAUCUUCUGUUUGGUUCGGUUUAAGCGGUUAUAGUAAUAAGGACCUAAAUAUAGAUCAAGUUGGAUGAAUUUAUUUCAUAUACUAGUUUAAUCAGACAGAUAUUAAAAACGAGAAGCAGGAAAACGAAGCAGAAAAGUAAGUGUACCAACUCCACUUGAUAUAUUGUGUGAUGAAUGAAGCAAUCAAUACACACACACACUCUUAAAUAAAAAUAUUAAAGGUUAUAAGCGAAUAUUUAAUAAGGUCAAAGGAAAAUAAAUUAAUCGGUGUCCGAAAGUUAGUACAACCCAUGUGGGCGGCAUAUAGUACCAAAAACUAAAAUAUAGAACCUACAAGCCUGUUUAGCCAAAAUGGCUCAGUGGUAAUGUCCUUAAUAUUGGUAUUGUGUUGAAUAGGUUCACACUGCACGAAGAACACCGUUCUCCUCAUAAAUGUGGAUACGCUUUGGUAUCGAGUACUUACCAGAGCAAACCCUGUUUGAACAGCUUACUGUUUUUUUAUAGUCCAACCACUGAACAGCACUUGUAAAGAUGUUUAAUAUCUCAAAGGACACUGAAGUAUUAGGUUCUCAACUUAUAACAAAAACAGUCAGAAAUACUUCAGACGUCUCAGAUAUAUUCAAAAGCAUGAGUAACAUGCAGUGUGAUCGAAAGGAUGUAUAGGAAUAGAAAACUCUUGCAUUUGUUAAGUUAAAAGAUAAAUAAAAUGAAAAUACAAAUAUUUAUUGCAAAAAUACUAUCUAUUAAGGCUUAUUUAAUCAGUAUGGCCUAUUGAUAAAGCUAUGGAUAGCUGUAUUGAUGCUAUUUUAUUAAAUACUUUAUGUUUAAAGGUAGUGAACUGUAAUCUCACAGUAAGAAAAGGGAUUAAAUGAAAAUGGGAAUAGCCAGAAGAAAUAUAUGGGGUAAGGAAUACCACUUGUUUGUUUCAACGGGUGUCCGAUACUGUUAUUAUCUUGAACAAAUAAAAAAUUUUUAAAUUUACCACAAGAAUAUUUGAGAUGAAUGAUGUUUGAAUGUGUGUUGAACAGUUGUUAGCUAAUAGAUUUUUUAAGUAUAAAGAGUAAUGUUACUUUAUAAACUGAAUGGGUUCUAGAUCAAGUGGUUUAACUAAUAAGCACUUCCAUUUGAAGAUGUGAUAGUCUUGAGUUCAAUCCUAUGUAAGAUUGUUAAUAGAUACUAUUGAUUUCCCAAAACUACAACUAAUAAAUAAAUCUAUUUAAAUAAUACUAUAUUCAUCAUUUUUACAGUGUACACACUAGUUCAAGUACUGUACUAUUCAAGUGUUCCAAUAAAAUCGAUAGUUACAAAUAAUGACUAUAUUCUAGUCAUUAAAUGAAUGAGUAUUAUUAUCAUCAGUUUAUUGUAUACAACUAUGUUUGUUUGAUCUUUUUUUAUUUUACUAGAUCGUUUGUCAUAAAGAAUAGGUUUACUACGAAUUAGAUUAUUUAACAUUGUUGACAAUGACUACAUAUAAUACAUACAUAUACAUUGUAUAGUAAUGAUUUAUUAUCUAAAGAAUAAACAAUGAAAAUGAGUUAUUUUUACUGUUCAAUUGUCAUUAUGAAUUUCAUUAUGAAUUCAUACUUUAUGAUGUUAUAUUGUUGAAUAUUGUCAGUUUUUGUAUUUCACUUUUAAUGAGAUUGCCGCUAAGUUAGUUUGUUUGUUUUGAUUUAUUGUAGACAAUUCUCUUUCUCUCUUCCUCUCUAAAACAAAGUUUAUCGGUUGUUAAGAGAAUAUAUAAUUUACAUUGUAUGUUUAAACAAUUUAUGAAGUUUGGUUUUAGUAAAGGAUUGAUUGAAAUUCAUAGAGUACUAAAUAGUUGUCAUAUCCUUGUAUGCUAUUUUUUAGUAGUAUGUAUUCAUGACCUCACUAGAGGACAAUAUCCAUCUUUACUUAAGGCAAUAUCGAGUGGAUACACACAGUAUGCAUAUAUACUAGUAAGAGAUUGAUCAAUUGUAAUCCUAAACAUCAAUGGGAAGAUUCAAGUAAACAAUAAUACCAAGUGAAUUUAACAUUACAGUUUUCCUCUAAAACAUGAUCAUUUUAAUGUCAAAAACUCCGCCUGUAGGUCAUCUAGAAUUACUGCUGGUCCCAAACCCGGGUAAAAGAGGAGGGUUAGGCAUGGGGUUAGCCACGUCAUACCGUAGAAAACUAACUCGCUAAAAAACGCUGAUCACAAAAAAUAAUUCUAACCAUUUAAACUUUGCCUUGGGAGUUAGAACAAGGCUGUCUACUCUCUCCCUUCCUCUUUCUUCUGGUGGUCAACUGGAUUAUGAAGACCUCGACAUCUAAGGGGAAACAUGGAAUACAAUGGACAGCUCAGAACCAAUUAGACAACUUGGACCUAGCCCUCCUAUCGCAUACACACGAACAAAUACAGAUAAAGACAGUCAGUGUAGCAGCAGCUUCUGCAUCAGUAGGCCUCAACAUACACGCAAGAUACUCAACAUCCAUUGGCUGGAUACCAUCAGCAACAGCCUUCUGUGUGAAAGAACAAACCAGAUUCCAGCUGAAGAGGAAAUUAGGAAAAGACGAUGGAAAUGGAUAGGACAUACAUUACGCAAAUCAUCAAACUACAUCACGAGACAAGCCCUAACUUGGAAUCGUGAAGGGAAGCAGAAAAGAAGAAGGAAAAAGAAUACAAUACGUCGGGAAAUAGAAGCAGAAAUGAGAAGGAUGAAUAGCAGAUGGAAAGGAUUGCCCAGGACAGGGUUAGAUGGAGAAUGCUGGUGAGCGGUCUAUGCUCUUUCACGAGGAGUAACAGGCGUAAGUAAAGUAAAAACUUAAUGUCAAAGUUUCAGUAAAGUAGUUAUUAUCUAGAGUACGAUCUAUUUUCUUUUAAAUACUCGAUUGUGAUCUAUUCAGUGUAUAUUUCAAAUGAAACAUCAUCAAAACGUAUUUGAUGCCUGUAAAAGCAGAUUAGGUAUAACAAUUAUAAUUAAUUAAUGAUUUUAUAUAUGAGAUAUAGGCUAUUAUGAAAAGUUAUCAAACAUAAACGAAUUGUAUUUUAAAUGGUUAAUAUUAGUCAGAUCAGUACGAUCUGAUGACUUACUUACUUACGCUUGUUACUCCCAAUGGAGCAUAGAUCGCUGGCCAGCAUUCUCCAACCCAAUCAGUCCUGGGCCUUCCUUUCUAGUUUUAUCCAAGUGUUGUUCAUUCUUCUCAUGUCUGUCUCCAUCUCUCCAUGUAAUGUGUUCUUUCAUCUUCCUAUUUUCCUUUGGCUUUGAAAACUUCAGGUGAGGGCUUGCCUUGUAACGUAAUUGGGUGCUUUCCUCAAUGUAUGUCAUAUCCACUUCCAGUGCUUCCCGAUUUCUUCCUCCACUGGGAUUUGAUUUGUUCUCUCCCACAUUAGGUUGUUGUUGAUAGUGUCUGGCCAACGGAUCCGAAGUAUUCUGCUUAUACAACUGUUAAUAAACACUUGUAUAUUCUGGAUGAUGGUUUUUGUAGUUCUGAUGACUAAUAUUUAGUAUUUCAUUAUGUAGUGAAAGAAAACAAAAGUAAGGACAAUCGAACAUAUUAGAAUAUAAAAUUACAAAGCAUCUUAGUAAAAUCUAAAAACCAUAAAAUAAAUACUUCAUUAGUAAAAUACCAGUCAAUUAUCUUAGACUUCACUAUUCCUUCAUUUCCACACCAAUGAUUCUUUUGUUCUCAUUCUCUUUCCUUUGAUUUCCUUAACUUUCUACUAUCAGUUUACAGUUAGUUAUAUAAUAUACCCUUGUGGGCCAGGGUAAUUUUACAUUGGUUUUCGGGAGAGUCAGACACUAUAGGGACUUUCACGUGACAAAUCAAACAGUACAUGACAGUCAAACUCGCCAAUGUUAGCAACGAUGACAUGCCUUACAAUGUCCCAAUGACAAUGGCCCUAGGGAACACUGAAAGGAAACCACCAGUAUGAAUGAAAUUGUUUAACCAGCAAGCCAAUUUUUUGCAUGAACAGUCAGCAAAACUUGCCAAAGCAAUGCC